GUAAUCAUCAUGGCGGACGAGGGAGAAGAAAAUCUGAGUCCGGCUGAAAAACUGGCCAGAAAACACAAACAAGAACGGAAGGAACUUCAAGCCAAAGUCCAGCAGAUGAAGAAUUCUGUCCCUAAGAAUGAUAAGAAGAGGAAGAAACAGCUGACAGUCGAGAUCGCACAACUCGAGGCUGAGCUGGAGGAGAGACACCUCAGGGAGGAGGCGGAACUGCCGGCAUCUGGUGAUGCCAGUAAAGAGGAGGAUGCUGUAACAGAAGGGGUGGAGGGUCUAGAUCUGCAGGUGACUGACUCAGCACACGGACAACAGCCUCAGAAACAAAAGGUCUCCAAAGCACAGAAAAGACGGGAGAAGAAGGCAGCUAAGGACCGUGAGCGUGAGCAGCGUAUAGCUGACUCUGAGGUGGAGAACCUGCUGGGAGCCAGGCACCAGGAGACACAGAAGAUCAAGGCUCUCCUCAGGGACAGGCAUCUGGCAGUGAAGGAGAUCUCUUCAGAUGGUCACUGCUUGUACAAUGCUGUUGCUGAACAAUUGAAGCAAGUUGGUGAUGAGAAAAGCAUGCUGGCCCUUCGCCAGUUGACUGCUGAGUACAUGAAGUCCCACACAGACGACUUCCUCCCUUUCCUGUCCAAACAUGACACUGGAGACCCCUACACUCCAGAGGAGUUUGAGGACUACUGCAACGAUAUUGCCAAUACUGCUGCCUGGGGAGGCCAACUAGAGCUCCAAGCCCUGUCCAGAGUAUUGAAGUGUUCCAUAGAGGUUAUUCAGGCUGAAGGCCCUGCCAUCAAAAUAGGAGAGGAGUAUGAUGCCAAGUUGCCAGUUGUUCUGACGUACCACCGGCAUAUGUAUGGACUGGGUGAGCAUUAUAACACUGUCAGACCUUUGGCUGAGGAAUUAGCUGAAGAAGAGGAUUCUUAACAGCAGCCAAUCUUGCAACAGAGCAAUGCUGCAAUACAUGUCUUGCACAAAACCCCAGUGUCAGUAGUUACUGUGACUAGUUAAGAUCAGUGUUUAUGAAUUGUCUAUUGUUUUUCUGUCAUUUACUGUUCCAAAAUCUUCCACUCAGCAAGAAAUAGAUACAUGUGAUGCCAGGGUAUGUAGUGUUGUAUGUAUGGACUUAAUUAACAAUGCGUUUGGAUUUGAAAGGUUCUAUGCAGAGAGCAGCUAUGACUGAACAUUCUCACAAAGAUGUAUGUUUGUGACAGUUGUCAAUGCAUGUUAUACAAAAAGUUGUCUUCUGUAAAAUGUAUUUGAUAGAGAGUGAAAAAGAUUGAAUGAUGUUUUUAAAGGUAUACUUGUAAUUAUUAUGGAACGAAAGAUGUAAGUUUAACUGUUACUAUUUUUCACACAUCGAACAUAAAGAAACGGGUAAUAGGGACAAUUUUUCCCUGUAUGGGGAAAAGCAAUUUGAAUGGUAAGGAUAUAAAGUCAUUUUCUAGAAGGGCUUGAAAAGUGAAGCUCUAUAUUUGUAUGAUGUGCCAUAGAUAGGAUUAUAUGAAACACUAUAAGAAGUACCAACCCAUCGCAAAGCCAUAGAUGUGUUAAAGCUAAGGGAAACUGAAGUCAUGACUGCUCAAUUGUUGCUAUAGUACUCAUCUUUAUAUGGAGGUGUUGAUAGUUUAGUGAUAGCCCACCUUUUAGAGCAAAUUACUUGUAGCUAACAUAAGAGUCAACGAUGGUUCAGUAUGUUUGUGCACAAUUCUAAUUCUCUACCUAAAUCCCACGGAAAUAGAAAAUAAUGUAGCAAUAUUAGUAAAAAUCCAUGUUGAUGUGUGAAGAGUGUAUGGAGUAUUCUCAGAUAAAGAACCAUUUCUAAAAUAAAAGGAAGUAAUCAUA